AUUAAAUGAUAUCCCGAUUGGUGGCGACCGAAUGAGGCGUUUUCCCGAAGUGUCUAUUGUUUACCCUAAGCUAAUCAAAUGUGAUUUCCCCGAUUGUAAGCAAACCUUCAAACAAACCAAUCAUAUUGUCAAACAAAGAAAUCGCGUUCAUUUGAAACUAAGAUUUAUUUGUGAUUUCAAAGAUUGCAAUAAAGGUUUUCACAAAAUGUCAUAUUUAAAAGAGCAUAAAAGCACUCAUUUAACUGUUAAACCAUUUAAAUGCCAUUAUAAGGAUUGCGGCGGAAGUUAUGCCAGAAAUCAAUAUCUUCAAAAACAUGUUAAAUAUUCUCAUAAAAAU